CGGCUCCCGUUCAAGUUCAAGAUCGAGUCUCGCUUUCUUCCGCGCCAAACUGGUGGUACCGUUUGUCAUUGGACUUGUCCUUGGUACCGCUCUGACGCCGAUCGCGAAUCGAGUGCCGUUUCCAGCAACCUUGGUACUGCGUUUUGACGGUGGUUUUCGAUUCGAUAUUGUUGUGCCAUCAUGAUUCAUAUCGAUUUUGUUAAGGGUGGUCCUGUCUAUGGACCUCUCGACAGUACUAAAAUGGCGCCUUCUGAGGUCAGUCAAUCCGCGCCUCAUCAUCAUUCUGAUCACUUGACUAGUCAAGAGAAAGUGAAAGUAAUCGAAGAAAAGAAGGCUAAAAAGGACUAUUCUGGAUUGCUACCGGCGGAAAUCGGCACAGAUUACAACUUCAAACGAGAGAUAGUGUGGAAAAAUGCAAUUGGUUUUUUGGCAUUGCAUUUGGCAGCUCUAUAUGGACUAUGGGUGAUGUGUGCGUACUGUAUGUGGAAAACGGACAUCUGGGCUGCGAUUGUAGGAUUUUCAAGCGGACUUGGAGUUACCACUGGAGCACAUCGUUUGUUUUCGCAUAGGGCUUACAAAGCACCAUUCGUAACAAGACUGGUUUUAAUCUUGUUCCAUACAUUAGCAGGGCAGAACUGUCUGUACAUUUGGGUUCGUGACCAUCGGCAGCAUCACAAAUACAGCGACACUGAUGCCGAUCCCCAUAAUGCCAACCGUGGUUUCUUCUUCUCGCACGUUGGUUGGCUGAUGAGCAGGAAACACCCAGCUGUCAUUUCCAAGGGCAAAACGAUUGACAUGAGCGACAUGGAGGCUGAUUGGCUGGUCAUGUUCCAAAAAGAGCAUUACAAAGUAUUGUACGCGCUCUUCGCCAUUCUUUUGCCGUCCCUUGUUCCUGUCAUUUUCUGGAAAGAAACAUUCUUCAAUGCCUUUUUCGCCGCCUACAUGUUCAGAAGUGUUUUUGUCCUCAACAUGACCUGGUUGGUAAACAGUGCAGCUCAUUUAUAUGGAAACAAACCAUUCGACAAAUACAUGAAACCUGUGGAGUCAAGUUUUGUAGCUUUUGUAUCUGUCGGUGAAGGUUGGCACAACUACCACCACGCCUUCCCUUGGGACUACAGGGCAGCUGAAUUUGGGGCCAAGUACAGUCUUACCACUAUGUUUAUUGACUUUUUGGCCUCUUGGGGAUUGGCUUAUGACCUCAGAACCACGCCUUAUCAUAUGGUUCAAAAGAGGGUCCAGCGUACAGGAGAUGGUUCUCAUCCUAUCUACUCAGAACAGGCCAAGAAGUUAGAAGAAACUGGCAAAUUAGAAGACAGCGACAUCGCAGAGAUCUUAAAAUCGAAAGAACAUGGCAUGAGAAGACUAGUUACAGCCCAAGGAUAAUCUAUUUUUUCAGUAUUUUUCGUGAUAGAUUCGUUUAGUUAUAAUUUACCUAACUCUAAACACUUUAAUUUUUUUUGGUUAACUAGUUAAUUACA